GUAGUGGUGAAUGGUUGAAAUUUCAAUUCAAUUGCAAGAGUUAUUGCCCAGGAUAAUUCAAUGUUUUAUUGUGAAUCCGUGAAAUUUAUGUUUGCCGCGUGCUAAAAAUAAGAAAUUUUCGGCAAAGUGUCGGAUAUACCUAUCUAGCUAAUUAAUUAGAACUACGGGUUUAAUACGAAUCGUGUUCCCUUAUCUUUAACCCAUCAUCUGUCACCUCUGGAUUUAAUGAAACAGGAGUGGAAAUACCUUCCUACCAAGGCAAGGCACAGUGUAAUAAUAAAUUCUACCUAGUUGUCAAUAUAUUUCCGUUUCCUGAAAAUGUUCAGUGCUUUUAUCCGCAUCCGCCUACAAGAUUAUAUUAUAUAAAGUGAAACUGAUACGUGAUAUCACUACAUAGGUAUUUGAUAUACAAAAGUGCGAAUAUUGAACGUCCUUGGAGUUAAUAAAAUUCAUCUGUAGCUUUGUUCAACGCUGAUCUAAUGGAUUUCUAAAUUUCCCCCGUUCUAGUCCACGUGGAAUGCAGCCGUGUAGUCCAUCCGGUGUUGUAGCCAUGAUGCCACCAUCCAAAAGCCCAACCAUGGAAUCAGCUGCCAGUCAAAGAGCCGUAACAAUCAAUUCUGAAACUCUAAUGGAGUCAAUUCGACCAGUCAACCAACGUUCGUGUCCGUUGAAGUUUUCCAUUGCGAAAAUCAUGGAACCCGAUGAUAAGACUCAAUGUGACCGAAGCAGGAGUCCCAUUGCCGAAGUUCAUACUCAAGCACCACCACCACCGCCAGCUCAUCAGUCCGAAGAUAGAACCAACUCCUCAUCAGAUACCGAUGGUGGCGGUGGUGAGUUUGUUAACUAUGAUUCGGCGUUCAAGAAAUACGUACCGACGGCAAGUUCAGCAGUACAGCAGUUUGUCAGUAGCCGACAUCAGGAAUUGCUAAAUCAAUACCCACUUCUCUACUACCCGGGGCAGUUGAUGUGUGCUGCUGCAGCAGCUCAAUAUGCCGCCUUAACGCAACAGCAUAGCGCUACGGCACUUCUAGCUUCGACAGGUGGCGCUCCGAGUACAUUGCAUUUGAGUAGUUUCACUGCAUCAUUGAGUAGUUUGCAUAGUCAGAAUCUGAGAAGAAAUCUAAGUUCUAGUCAUCAUUCCACCCAUCACCAUAAUCCAUCAGCUCAUAGUCAUCACCACCAAGAGAAGAUAAUUCACUCAAGUCCACCGUCGGGAGGUAAAUCCCCAAGCGAACAUUCAAAAGCUUCUUCAACGAGGUCAGUUUCUCCAUCAAUGGAGGCAACCAGUCCAGGAGGUUCUUCGUCGACGAACAAACAGAAGACAUUUUCAUGUCUAGAAUGUGGAAAGGUCUUCAAUGCUCAUUAUAAUCUUACCCGCCAUAUGCCUGUUCACACUGGAGCUCGCCCAUUUGUAUGCAAGAUCUGUGGAAAAGGGUUUAGACAGGCGUCAACUUUGUGCCGUCAUAAGAUAAUUCAUACUGCGGAAAAACCACACAAAUGUCAAACUUGUGGCAAGGCUUUCAAUCGAUCUUCAACACUGAAUACCCAUACUCGAAUUCAUGCGGGAUAUAAGCCAUUUGUUUGUGAGUAUUGCGGCAAGGGAUUCCACCAGAAAGGUAACUACAAGAAUCACAAGUUGACGCACAGUGGGGAGAAGGCUUACAAGUGUAACAUCUGCAAUAAGGCAUUCCACCAAGUCUACAAUCUUACAUUCCACAUGCACACCCACAACGAUAAGAAACCCUACACUUGCAAGAUUUGCGCCAAGGGUUUCUGUCGAAAUUUCGAUUUGAAGAAGCACAUGCGGAAGUUGCACGAAAUUGGAACUGGAUCAUCUGGACGAAAUCACCACAAUCAAAAUCAUUCCCACCACAGCCAUCAAAUGCAUUCGCCGUCGUCUGUCAGUCGAUCAUCUGAUGCAGGCUCUCCACCUAUCAAUGUAACAACCCCACCGCCACUAGGAGACCAUAGUAAUGCCGCUGCAGCUGCAGCAAGUGCGUGGCAUGCCACAGCUGUAUCUAGUCUUCACCACAAUGGCAUUUCACCACUGCGUGCCGCAGAGUACUCAAGUUCGUUUAUACACUUGGCCACGAGUGGCGCUGGUGGACCGAACGGGAGUAAUGGCGGUCAGCGAAUGGAUCAGGUGCCGUUCAUAGCAAAGGUUUUUUGACACAGGUACUAUGCGGAUACGUUAGCAUCGGCGACAAAGAGCAUUCUAAUCGAUUGACUUCGAGUAACCAGCAAAAAGAACCUGCUGAGGUCAGUUCGCCACAAUGAGCCUCAAGCAAUGAUAAGAGAGGCAACUAUUGUAUCAAUUUAAUGAGCUCAGAUGACUUGCCUCUGCCCCACCACCACCUGUGUGAUUGUUCGCGAUGGGAUUGAAUCGGGAUCAGCUUUUUUGUGAUCCACGGAAACAUUAUAAAACACAAAAACUUAUCACAAUCAAAAAUGUCCCUCUACCUUGUACUAACUGUGACUGCACUCUCUCUUUCUUUAUAUCCUCUCUCUCUCUCUUUAUAAAUAUUUCUAAAAAAAAUGAUGUGAUCUUAUAAACAUAAAACAAGAAAAUUAUAUAAUAAUGUGCAAUAAAUGUAUUGAAAAAUUAUUAAAAAGCAAAAAAAAACCCACGAAAAUGUAAAAAUAAAUUUGUUUGAAGAAAAACAUUGCAUACUUUUUCUCGUUAAAAAAAGAAUGUUUCAGAAAAAAACAAUUUAACAUAAAAUAAAAAAAAAAAAUAGUUAAAAAAAGCAUUUACAUAAAAAUUGCGUUGGUGUACUAAAUGUAGGUAGUAAACUUAAUUUUCGACAUCCACCGCGUUGGGAUGAAGU